UUCAAAUCUUUUCUUUAAGGUUCUUCUUAAAGAAGCUGCUCGAAGAAAACCAGAAUUAAUGAAGGGAAAAAUAAGAUAACUGCUGCUGCUCCUGAACCAUAAACUGAGUGUUUCUUCUCUCCUGUGACAUCAAGGCUCAUUUUUCACUGCCAACUAAAAUUCCUGCACCUCUAUGAAAACGGAGCAGCCAUGAAGAGAACUCAGAUGUCCUCUUGCCAGAAUGGCAGUUAAUAGCCAUAAGUCGCCCUCAGUAUUUCUCCAAGUGCCCACAGGAGUCACCAAUACUGGAAACGUUACUGUUUGCAGCUUCACACAUCGUCAAGAUGAGCUUCAGCGACGUUAUGACCAAGAUCCAGAUGGCGGAGAAGACCAGCGACGCCGAGAAGAUGUACACAUACAAAGGGGUGCUGUACCCUCGACUCAUGUGUCCCGAGGAGAACCUGAAGGCCGUGGAGACCAUGGAGGCCCGAGAGGAUGACAUCAUGCUGGUAGCUUAUCCCAAAUGUGGUUUUAACUGGAUGGUCGGCGUGUUGAACAAGAUCAUGGCUGAGGCUGGAGUACAGAAAAUAGAAACAGAAUCCAAAGUGGCUCCACUGAUCGAGUUCUUUGGACCUGACAAGUUAAAGAUCGUGAAUGAAGCUCCGUCUCCGAGGUUUAUGGGGACUCACCUUCACCCCGACAAUAUUCCAGCAUCCUUCUAUGAGAAGAAGACGAAGAUGUUGGUGAUUUUCAGGAACCCUAAAGACACUCUGGUCUCCUACUUUCACUUCUCCAACAACAACCCAGUUCUCCCAUCAGGACAGUCCUUCGACUCCUACUUCUCCCAGUUCAUGAGUGGAGACGUUGGCUGGGGCUCGUACUUUGAUCACGCCGUCGCCUGGGACAAGAAGAUGGACGAUCCCAACGUGAUGAUUGUGACCUACGAAGCCCUGAAACAGAAUCUGACCGAAGGCGUCCGUCAGAUCUCCACUUUCUUCGGCUUUAAGCUUACCGAGGAUCAGAUCCAGCAGGUCUCAGGACAAAGUACCUUCAACGCCAUGAAGCAGAGCUCAGCCGACACACACGGCAACCUGGGGAACAUCUUCUUCAGGAAAGGUGUAGUCGGCGACUGGAAGAAUAAUUUCACACCAGAACAGAGCCGAGAGAUGGACGAGGUUUUUAACAAACGUCUGGCAGGAACCAGGCUGGGAGCAAAGCUCAACUAUCAGCAGUACUGUCAGUAGAAAAAUAAAGGAGGAAGAGAGAUUUUUGGACUUUUCUGCUCAGAUCUGAGUCCAACGACAUCCUCAAGGUUUACCUCAGCAUUUAAACAUCUUCCUUUAAAGGAGGCUGUGAAGAAAACACUGCCUAGUCUCAGUUCAGGGCAAAAAGUUCCAAUUUGAAGGGAAAAUUGCAAAAACACGAAUGAAAAGGGGCAUUUAGUCAUUUUUUACUCAAAUCUGUGAAUUUUUGUUGUCCAUAAAUGUCAAACUAUUCUGUUAAACACCUCAUGAACACCACAUUUGGUUUCACCUAAAGUCUGAAAGUAGAUCUGAAAGAAAUUUCAGUCUGGACCGACUGAAAUGCAAUAAUCAAAGUAAUAUUCAUCAAUAUAAGUGCUACUAAGAAACGUGGAAGAAGGGAAACUAAUUAAAGAAAUGCUUUUCAGUCCAUAUAACUUUCUUUUCUGACAUCGGAUGAUUAAAAAAAUUGAUUUUAUUUUUUAAUUUUCACCUUAUAAUACAAACAAUCUUGUAAUCUUUGCUGUUAUUUUACAACAUUCUAUAUGUACUUGAAAAAUACUUCACUUUUCUGUAAUUUUAAAUUAAAAUGUAAGUUCAAAAUGACA